GAUCCUUGCUAUGCCGUGAAGAAUUCUGGGACAGGAAACUUCUGAUUCGGUUUCUGAUUCUGCAGCUCGUUCGACUUAAUAUUCUGGAACUGAAGACAUACUUCACAUAAUCGAAUUGAGCAUAAUUUUCUAUGUAGCAUCUCUUUCGUCUCGAGAUAAAUUUCAUGCUCUUCUUUACCCAGAGUUGAGCGAUAGUCUGUUGGUUGACUGAGCGCUUCCUCCUUAAAAGGGCAACAGUUCGAGCGAGUGGGCCCCGCGAACCCUAUCUUUUAGGGUCUUAUUUAAGUGUCGUUUCUGUGGCACCUGUCAGUGUGAUGUCGUCCUCUACCAAUACUCUGCGCAGUCAGCGGCGCAGGGAGCUGGAUGCGCGCAGGAGUAAGUCUCGCGUGCGGCUGGGCUCGUGUCUGCAGAGCUGGGGUCAGCUCAAAGAUAAACUGGGCUUCUCUCUUCACUCAGAGCUCGCUCAGCAUCUGCUGGAGAGCUAUGAUUCAAGAGUCUGUAUCAAGUGCUCAGGGAAAGGAGAGAUCACAAACAGCCUAUCAACUACCAAGGAAUCUUUGCAGGAACUUAUCCUGCUGGUCCACAACCAUGGGCAGACAUGCCUUUUCCCCCCUGUCCUGCUUUCUCAGACUGUCACAAAACCAACAGAGAAAGGUCAGAGUGCUCAGGCAACAGGGAGAAGAGAGGCUGAAACUGAUUUCAAGGACUCAUCUGAGGUGGACGUGUGUCUUAAGUACACCUGUGAAGACGGGCAUCACUUUUUGUGGUCUCCUAAUAAGAUGGAGAAGGUAAUGACAUCUAAAAAUGAAGGUGAAAUAACUGCAUCUAGCCCAAAGAGACUCAAACAACGAGGCAGGAAGCAGCUGAAGGAGCCAGAUACAGAGAUAGAAAGACAAGAGGUGAUGACUAGAUUAAAAACCAGACGGCAACUCCGAGAAAACGCUGAAGUUACCACAAAUGACACUGAACAGGAAAACAAGACAAGGUCUGAAACGUUCGGAGACAACAAGAAUGCAGCUGUUACAGUGACUGAGACACAGAAAGGAAAUAAUGUGGCAGCUGACUUUUCACAUUCAGAACUUGGAUCUACAGCAGACAAUGAUGAGAUGACUGGAGAUGAUCUUGCCAGCGUGUGCAUUGAAAACCAAAGCCCCCCUGAUAGCAAUGAGGAAGCUGCAGUGCUGAAUUUAACCACUAGCGGGAUUCAGAGUACAGCAGAUCCUACUGAGAAACACAAUGCCAACAAAAAGGCACGAACAACUAAAAAUAACAGUCCACAGUCUUUGAAAGAUGACGUAUCCCAGAUUGGUGGCAAGAGAAAACGAAAAUCAACAUCCAAAGUGAUUUUGCCUUGUGAGUUUGAAGGCUGUGAUAAGAUUUUCUCGAGUCGGCAGUAUCUCAAUCAUCAUGUCAAGUACCAGCAUCUCCAGCAGAAAACUUUCACCUGCUCGCACCCCCCCUGCAACAAGUCAUUCAACUUCAAGAAGCAUCUGAAGGAGCAUGAAAAGUUGCACAGUAAUCAGAGAGACUAUAUCUGUGAGUUCUGUGCCCGGGCGUUCCGAACCAGCAGUAACCUGAUCAUCCACCGCAGGAUACACACCGGAGAGAAACCACUGCAGUGUGAGGUUUGUGGCUUUACCUGUAGACAGAAAGCCUCUCUGAAUUGGCAUAUGCGGAAACACAAUGCUGAGAGUAACUACCAGUUCCCCUGUGAGAUCUGCGGUCGUCGCUUCGAAAAGAGAGACAAUGUCACGGCUCACCGUAGCAAGAGCCACCCAGACUAUAAUACACCCACUCCUGAACUAUCUCUUCCCCUUCCUCCUUCUGACCCGGUCCCGCAUCCCUCGGGGCAGCGCAGAUCUUCCCCUUCUGCUUCUAAAAAUCACACUGCUGUAGAAUAACAUUUAUGUUGCGUUUUUACUAAAUACGGUGCAAAUUGUGCAUCCUUGACCUUGAGCAAACUCUACUGUGGAAGCAAACUCCAUGCGAUGCCUAUCUGUGAUAUUAAUUAUCUUUUUGGUGGUUUUUAAAAUGUAAAUAGAUAUUGUUUUGCCAUCAUGCAGAGGCUGGAUUUCUGUCAAAUGACCUAAAUCAGCAAAAUCAGGUCAUUUUGUUGAAAUUGCUUUAGUUAAACAUUUUUAGGGCAUCUAAAUAGAACUAAAUGUGAAAUUUUUUGCUAUUUUAUUUAUCGACUUAACUUGAUAUUUAUGAUUUUGUGGUGAAAUUCUGUGCUGCUUCUAUAAAAUUAUCAAUACAAGACA